ACUGCCCCCACGUCAAGGUUGACCAGCCUGCACGCUGGCGGAUGCACGCCGCUGCCGCCGUUGAUGGCCGCGUUCGUGCUGCGGCCCGCCGGCACGGCUUGCAACCUUUGAUGAAGUCGUAGACGAAAGGCGUACAAGAAAGCAUGGCAAAGCAGCAGGCCACCGAAGUAGCGUGACCUCCGCGCAGCAAGGACGUUGCGCGGAUUUGCCGAGCCCGCUGACUCUAGCGUGAAGAGGGAGAGCUGUGUUGGAGAGGCUGUAGAAUGCAGCACGCGUGCAAGAUUGUCCAUUCAUCUCGACGUCGUGACGAUCAAGAUGGCCUUGUGAUGGUCGCGCGACUCAAUCGAGUGCACACCGUGGCGUUCGCGCUUGUUGUCGCGUUCGGCGUUUCGAACACGUUUUUUCAUCUGGCAUGUCCGAAUACCUGGAAUGGAUAUUGUACAUCGGCGAUUUGUUCAUUCCUUCGAGCACGCGGAUUACUGAAACGUAGCACGAGAGUUUAUAAAACAUAUAUCAGACAGACUGUCGGGUAUUUGUUUCGUUAAUAGGAACGCGGCGAUUCCGCGCGGCGGGCUUGGGAACAUGGACUGGUUGAAGAAGAAGACGAAGGAAGUGACGUCCAAGGUGGCGAAGAUGCAAAAUGAUCAUAAGAUCAAAGGGCAGACAUUUUCGGGCACAGGAUAUUCGAUGCAGGCACCGUCGGCCGCACCGCCUCCAGCAACCUGCUUGCCAGCUCGACCCACGUCUGCCGUGGACCCGACCGUGUCGGAGGAAGAGCGAAUGCUUCGACGACAACAGCAAGCGGAAGCGGCGGCAAAGCGUGGCGCGCCUGCCCCCAAGAAACGAAUGACCAACGGCGGCGACGCAUCCAAUGCGCGACCGGACCAUGUCGUUGACGACGACUCGACGACGUCGGAAGCGUAUGAACAAGCAAAAGCUCUGGAACAAAUGCACAUUGCCGCUGCAGGAUUCAACCCGUAUGAGCCCACGAUCAGCUCAUCAACGGCUGCGCGCGCCGCUGCCACGACUGCUCAGUCUGCGCCAUCACCUGCACGGGACCCUUCGUCAUCCCUCGCUCGUCCUCCUCUUCCGUCGACACACUCCCUUCCUCCCGCCACCGCCGCCACGAUAUGCAAGAUUCUUCAAAACAUCUUGGACAAUCCAGACGACGACAAAUUCCACAAGCUUCGCGUGUCCAACGGCGCGAUCCAAGCCAAGAUUGCGUCGGUGCCGGAAGCCGUCGCAUUUCUCCAUGACAUUGGUUUUGACGCGGUUGUGUUGGACGACAACGAAGAGUACUUUGUCUUGAAUGCUACACGAACAUCGACGGAUGCAUUGGUAGCGGCCGUGGCGCGGCUGCAGCCCACGACUUCCUAAACGGGUUAAUCCAUGUGACUUGGAUGUA